AUGACUGACAUUGAUACGGUAAAAAACUUUUUGCGAUCACCUGGCAAAACUGUUCGUGAUGAUUUAGUCAGUGCUUUGGAGAUCAUGAAUUUAUCGCUUGAAGGCCCAAAUGGAACACAAAGAGCUCAAACUAUUCUUGAAGCUAUACCUAUUCCAGAAUUUUUCGCGCUUCUUGGGAAUUAUGAAGACGUGAUUUCUUUAGCUACUUGUAAAGUUCUCAAUAAACUUUUACGGCCCAUGAGUUAUGCCGAUAUAAAUUCAUUUGGACUUCAGGAAUAUUUGAUGCUAGGUUUGCAACAUGAAUUUCCCGAAGUUCGAAUUCUUACAAUGAAUCAAAUUGAAAAAUGUCAAGAGUCAGAAGAAGCAAUCCAAGAUUUGGUUAAAUCGCCUCUUUUUCCUGCUAUGUUGGAAAGUUUGGGAUUCGACGAUAUACCGACAUCAACUAGAAUAUUAGAACUUCUUGUCAAACUUGUUACAACUAGUUCUUAUUGUUUACAAGUUUUCUUCGAUCCGGAAUCGAUAGCAAUUCUAAAUAGACUUUCCAAAGAUAACGGAAUUGUAAAAUUUCGUGUGUUUGAUCUGAUGGCUCGAAUAUCAUUAUCUUCACCAGAAGCAUUUCAAUUAUGUGAAUCGUCCGGUUCUCUGGAAGCAAUAACAUCAGAACUAAAUACUGAUGACUUAUUGAUAAAGUUAAAUGCAAUAGAAACUCUAUCCAAGAUUAUUCAAAGUCGAGUUGGUUAUUCCUUUUUUGAAAAGACUGGAAUUCUACAGUCCUUUGUUGAUAUUUUGUCAAAGGAUGAUGAUCGAGACAUUACACUAGUUUUAGAGAAAUGUGCUGUACUCAAAUUCUUUGGAAAAUUAUGUGAAGUAGAGGACAUAGAUUUCUCUGAAGUGGAAGAUAAAUACAAUAUCUUAAGACAAAUUGAUGCACAUUUAUUAAGUGAUAAUAUGGAUCUCAAAAUUACUUCAAUCCAUAUUAUUGGAGUGAUAGGUCAUAAUGAACAUGGUCUGAAGCUCUUGUCUUCGAGUGUUUCACCUAAUUCGCUAGGAGACUUUAUGGAUCUUUAUAAUGGUUCUUCAGGUGAUGUGAAGUUGGCAUGUUUACAAACAAUAUCGUGCUUACUCGGUGUAAGUGAAAAACCGACCAAAGAACUGUCCGAUAUUGCUGAGCAAAUCUAUCAUCAGAUGGGAGGUAAUCCAACACCUCUUACAUCUCUAAUCGCAAAUGCUAAAUGUGGGGUCGAAGAAUUGCGUAUGAUUAGUUUUGCAAACUUACAAAAAAUAGCAUUUCAUCCAUGGGGUAAAACUGAAAUGGUAAACUGUAAAGAAUUUAUUGACUAUAUAGUUGAUCGUUCUAAUGAGUCCACUCACAAGGGAAAAGAAUGGAAGUUCGCCAUUAUUCAAACCUUGUAUGAGUCACCUGGUUCUGAAAAUAUUAUUGCACCUAACAUUCUAGAACAGUUCAGGCGAUAUUUGCAUGAAGGCCCUUUUUAUGUAAAAAGUAAGACUGCUGUCGCAUUAGAAA